AUGAAGUGCCUUUAUUGGAAUGUGAGAGGUAUUGCUAACUCUCCCACAAAACUAGCUCUAAAAAGACUCAUUCGUGUAAAUAAACCGGACUUUGUUUUCAUCUCUGAACCAUGGAUGGAUGUGAAAGAUUUUCCUUUUAGAUGGCUUCAAAGAUUAGGUCUUAAGCUGUUUGCUGUGAACAAUAGGGAUGGCUUAGAUCCUAAUCUUUGGUGCUGCUGCCUCUUAUCUCUUGAACCUCAAGUGGUUGCUGCCGACUGCCAGCAGGUCUCUUUUACUCUGAAGAUCCAGGACAGGUUUUUUGGUGUGUCUGCUGUUUAUGCUUCUACAAAUCUUGUGAAUCGUAGAUUGCUUUGGCAUAACUUAUCUCAACUCCAAAAUAAUUUCAACCUUCCCUGGGCUUUCAUUGGGGACUUCAACUGCAUAUUGGGGGCUCAUGAACAUAGCGGCUCUAGGUCUCCGGCUAGAACUCCGAUUGAUGAUUUCAAUAAUUGGACGAACCGGAACUCCCUGGUUCAUCUCCCUACCUCUGGUGCCUUUUUCACAUGGAAGAAUGGUCGAAAAGGUGUUAUGCACAUUGAGAGGCGCCUAGAUAGAACAAUCUGCAAUCAAGGUUGGAUUGAUCAUUGGAGUAGCAAUUCCUGCAGAACCCUUUCCCGUAACAAAUCGGAUCACUAUCCUAUUCUUUUUGAGUUUUUGCACAGUCAAGACAAACCGGCCUCUGUUUUUAAAUUUAUGCGCACUUGGGCCUCGCAUCAAGGCUGCGAAGAUCUUAUUACUGAGACUUGGAAAACUAGGGUAGUGGGAUGUCCUAUGUUCAUUCUCCAAAGAAAGCUUCAAAUUCUAAAAUCAAGGCUCAAAGAUUGGAAUAAACACACUUUUGGUAAUGUCCAAGACAAAGUCAAGGAUUCGGAAGACAGUCUCAAGCAAAUUCAGGAUAAGAUAGUGGAAGAUGGCCCCUCGGAUUCGCUGGAGGCUAUGGAGAGAAAUGCUCAGGUUCAGCUAGAUCUUGCUCUUCAAAGAGAAGAGAUUUUUUGGAAGGAAAGAGCCCGUGUCAAAUGGACGGCGGAAGGGGAUAGGAAUACGAAAUAUUUCCACAGGGUUGCCAAGAUUAAGCAAACCACCAAGAAAAUUGCUUGUCUAAAAGUGGACGGGAACAUCAUUACGGAUAGGAAACAAAUUGCGGAGCAUGUGCAAAACACUAAUCUCACCAGGCUGCCAUCAAUGGAGGAGGUUUUUGCAGCCGUAUCGAGCUUGAACAACGAGAGCGCCCCGGGACCGGAUGGUUUCAGCGGUUUCUUUUAUCAAAAAUACUGGAGCAUAAUUAAGGAUGAUGUCUUAGGGGUUGUUCUGCAUUUUUUUAAAGAAGGGUGGAUCACUCCGAAUUAUAACUCCAACACCUUGGUGUUGAUUCCUAAAGUUCCAAAUGCGCUGUCCAUUGAUCAGUACAGGCCUAUUGCGCUGGCGAAUUUCAAACACAAAAUUAUAACCAAAAUCCUGGCGGACAGAUUAGCAGUGUUAAUGCCUUCUCUAAUUUCUAAGGAACAAAGGGCCUUCAUCAAGGGAAGGACGAUUAAAGACUGCAUUUGCGUCACCUCCGAAGCUAUCAAUCUCCUUCCAAACCGGAGCAAGAACGGAAACUUGGCCAUUAAAGUUGACAUAUCUAAGGCAUUCGAUACUCUAAAUUGGGAUUUCUUACUAAAAGUUCUCAAAAGGUUUGGGUUUGAGGAAAAAUUCUGCAACUGGAUUUCUGCUAUUCUUCAUUCUGCGGUCAUUUCUGUCUCGGUUAAUGGUAUGCAGGCAGGUUUUUUUAAUUGUAAAAGUGGAGUGCGUCAGGGUGAUCCGUUAUCGCCGCUUCUUUUUUGCUUAGCCGAAGACGUGCUUAGCAGGGGAAUUUCUAAACUUGUGGAGAAAAAAAAGGUGAAGCUUAUUAAAGCUACUAGGGAUUCGUAUGUGCCUUCGCAUGUUUUAUUCGCGGACGACAUCAUGGUUUUUUGCAAAGGAGACAAAGGGUCAAUUACAAAUCAAAGACAUCUUCAUAUUGCCUCUCGUUUGGGUUUCAAUACGGGACAGGGUCCCUUCACGUAUUUGGGUGCUCCAAUUUUUCGAGGAAGGCCAAAACCGAUCCACUUUCAAGGCAUUGCGGAUAAAAUUCGAAACAAGCUUACGGCAUGGAGAGCUAGCCUUUUAUCUAUUGCUGGCAGAUUAGUGCUUGUCAAAUCUGUUAUGCAAAGCAUGAUGAUCCACACCUUAGUGAUAUAUUCUUGGCCGAUUUCGGUUCUGAAGAGCAUUAAUAGAUGGGCUAGGAAUUUUAUCUGGAGUGGGGAGAUAAACAAGCGAAAAACUGUCACGGUAGCCUGGGACACAUGCUGUCGGCCGUAUGGAGAGGGAGGUUUGGGAAUUCGAUCUCUGGUUUCUUUAAACAACGCUGCCAAUCUGAAGCAGUGCUGGGAUCUUUUUAAUUCGAAGGAGCAGUGGGCAAUUUUGCUUAGGGCCAGAGUUUUGCGGGAUGGCCGAAAGAUCUCGUAUCACAUUUUUUCUUCUUUGUGGAGCAGCUUUAAAGCGUCUUUGGAAGAGGUUAAAGAGAAUUCUUGCUGGUUAAUAGGAAAUGGGGAGAAGAUUAAUUUCUGGUCGGACAAUUGGAAUGGUUCGGUGGUGCUUGAUUCUUUAAACGCUUCCGGAGUUUCAAAUCCGUUCUACAAAGACAAAGUUGUUGUGUAUAUUCAUGAUAGAAAGUGGAGGCUGCCUACUGAUAUUAAGGUAAUGUUUCCUCAACUGGUUUCCCUUCUUGAUCAAGUUCAUUUGUCAGUGGUUCAAACUGUGGACCUCCUGGUUUGGAAACCCGCAACUGACGGCAUUCUAACCUUGAAGCUAGCUUACGACUUCAUCUCCAGCAAAAGCAGCGUUAUAGAUUGGGGGAAACGCAUUUGGAACAAGCUGAUUCCAUCCUCGUACUCCUUACUAUUAUGGAGGUUGCUUCACAAUAAAGUGCCGACAGACGAUAACAUGGCUGUUAGGGGUUUCUAUCUACCUUCUCUUUGCAAUCUGUGUGGUAUUAUGGGAGAAACAGUGGAGCAUUUGUUCUUCAAUUGCUCGUUUGCGGCCAGAUUUUGGCAUUUCUUGUCAGAAUCUUUAUCGUUAUUGUGCAAUUCUAUAGAAGACAUUUGGUCCGUUUACAACAAACUAAUUUCUGAGCAAAGCAAGGUGGUGUGGAUGGCGGCGGUCUCUAGUGUGGUAUCCAUGAUUUGGAAAGCUCGCAACUUAUGUCGGUUCGAGGAUAAAAAAUGCAACUGGUACACCUUACUUUUUGAGGUUAAGAGAGAUGUUAUGUUUGCUGGAAAUUCCACUCAGAAAAAAGGUUCAAAUGCUAUCUUGGAUUUUCAAUUCCUGAAAAGUUUCAAUAUUAAUGUUAACCCUCCUAAAGCUUUCUUGGUCAAGGAAUUCCUUUGGCAUCCUCCUAUUCUGCAUUGGAUUAAAUGUAACACUGAUGGAGCGGCGUCUGGAGAACCACAACGUGCGGCUUGUGGUGGUAUCUAUAGAGAUCAUACCGGUAUGCAUAAGGGAAGUUUUUCCAAAUUUCUAGGUCCAGGUAAUGCUUUUCUAGCAGAGUUAUUUGGAGCCAUUUUGGCGAUUGAGAUUGCUAGACAGAAAAAUUGGAAUAACCUCUGGCUCGAAACGGAUUCCACGCUUGUUGUUCUCGCUUUCUCCAAACCUCAUAUGGUGCCUUGGGCUUUCAGGAGCAGAUGGGAGAAUGUUAUCAACCACACUAAAUCCAUUAACUUUUUGGUCACUCAUAUUUAUCGGGAAGGAAACUACUGUGCGGAUAGGCUUGCUAACAUAGGAUUACAUGUUCAAGGCUUUACCUGGUGGGAUGUUGUUCAUAGGGAAAUUCUUAUGGAGUUUGCUAAAAACUCCAUCGGUCUUCCAAUUUAUAGAUUACAAAUCAUGUCUGUUUGGGCUGUAGUGUUUUUUGAGGAAGGCGAACACAUCAGGGUAUGUCUGAACCCGCAUUGGAAUUUUAGUAGAGUUGUUAAAGCCAUCAACAUUGGGUUUCAACAACUUGACGGUCCUACCCGCAAAGUUAAACAAAUAGAUUAUCAUUGUCCAUACAUAACCUUGACGGAUGCAAGCCCAGAAGGAACCUACAUUUAUUAUUGGGAUCGUGUGAAAAGUGAUGUCGAUGUGGAUCUAAUGUUUUGGACAUACAGUGGAGAAGUUAAUCGAGACGUUCAAGAUCCACUCGUUCUAGCAGUUAUACUUGAGUAG